UAUCAUACGAAUGAUACGAAUGUCACGAUCAGGUUAGAGGAUGGCAGCAACAAUUAUGAUGAUCAACAACGGCGGCGACAGCGUGACGAUGACAGUAUUGACGGUGGCACGCGUUGUCACGAGCCGCGCGUAGUCGCGGGACGGGAGUGCUCGGAUUGUCGCGCGCGCGCGCCGCGUGCGAGAACGGGGACGUGACGUGAGAGACCGGAGAGGCGAGAGAGCGUCAUUGCGCCCCGAGGAGGGAGGCGUCGACCCUUCGUUAACCCUUUUCCCUGGGAAAGAGGAGGAAAGAAAAACAAAAUGCCGUUGGUCGUGAGGAAUUGCCCGCAUCUGGCCAACCGCGGCGAUCUCGCCUUCAUCGAGGCGGUGAUGGCCCGGGACGAGCGCUUCGCCAAGUGCAGCGACUGCGACACCCCGGGGCCCAAUCUCUGGCUCUGCCUGUUCCCCGACUGCCGUUGGGUCGGCUGCGCGGAGACCCACCUCGAUCACAGCACCAUCCACAACCAGAACUUCCCGACCCACUGCGCCCACAUGAACCUGUCCACCAACAGGAUCUGGUGCUACGCCUGCAAGAGCGAGGCGAUCACCAAGCACGUGCCGUCGCCCCCCUUGUCGCCGACGCAAAUCGAGUUCAGGACUAUCGGCAACAAGUACGCCGGGGACGCUCCUGGCAGCGUCGAGUCCAAGCUGGACGGCUUGGACAGGCUGAUGCUCGACAAGUUUUAUGGAGAUUGGGCGAUAAACAGAGUCAAUGCUGAGAAAGGAAAUUCAUUUAACGAACGAUGCGGGGAUUCUCCCGAUAGUACGGAUUCGGACGAGAGCAAGGACUUUUCUGGGAAGCCAAGGGGUCUGGUGGGCUUGCAGAACAUCGGCAAUACGUGUUACAUGAAUGCGGCGCUACAAGCCUUGUCCAAUGUGUCUCCCUUGACGCAGUUUUUCUUGGAUUGCGGCCAUAUGGUCUGCUACAUGUCGAAAGACAGGAAACCCGGAUUGAGCCUGAACUAUCUGAAUCUCAUUCGGGAUAUGUGGAACAAGAAAACCAGAGGAUACGUUGUGCCGCACGGUAUCCUUUCGGGCAUCAGGACGGUUCAUCCGAUGUUUCGAGGGUACCAUCAACAUGACACGCAGGAAUUUCUCAGAUGUUUCAUGGACCAGCUGCACGAGGAGCUGAAAGAGCACAUCGAAGACGACAGGGACGUUCAGCUGCGACUAAAGGGGCUGGGAGACCAGUCCUCGGAGGACGAGGACGAGACCGAGAUCGACGGUAAUGCCUCCAGUCAGUCCGACGCCGAAUACGAGACCUGCGACUCGGGCGUGAGCGAGCAGAGUUCUCUGAGCGACGAGGGCGAGCGCGGCACUAAGAGGCGUUACUCGCGCGUGUCGCAGACGGAGAAGCUGCGGAACAAGUUCACCAACAGGAGUAUGAAGAAGUCGAAUGUCGAGCCGACGUCGUUGCCGUUCGCCCCGCCGCAGCGCUCGCCGCAAAACUCGCCGGCCAAACAUCGUACCAAGAAGCAAAUGAAGACGCGCAGCAUAAUCAGCGACACGUUCGACGGCAAGCUCUUGAGUAGCGUGCAGUGCCUGACGUGCGAUCGGAUUUCCACCCGAGUGGAGACCUUCCAAGAUCUGUCCUUGCCGAUCCCGAGCCGAGAUCACAUCGACAUGCUGCAUCAGGGAUCGCUGACGCCGCAGAAAGCCGGGCCGUGCUCGGACGUGGUCUACGUGACCAAUCAGUCGGGCUGGCUGUCGUGGUUCCUGCAGUGGAUGCGCUCGUGGUUCUGGGGACCAGUGGUCAGUUUGCACGACUGCCUGUCAGCAUUUUUUAGCGCCGACGAGCUCAAGGGCGAUAACAUGUACAGCUGCGAGAAGUGCAAUAAGCUGCGCAACGGCAUCAAGUUCUCCAAGGUUCUGGAACUACCCGAGAUACUGUGCGUUCAUUUGAAGAGGUUUCGCCACGAGCUGAUGUUCAGCUCGAAGAUCGCCAACUACGUAUCGUUCCCCCUCGAGGGUCUCGACAUGAGGCCUUAUUUGCACAAGGAGUGCGUGUCCAAAGUCACCACUUACAAUUUGAUAUCGGUCAUUUGCCACCACGGCACGGCCGGCGGUGGCCACUACACCUGUUACGCGUUAAAUCCCAUCGCCAACAAGUGGUACGAGUUCGACGACCAGUGCGUCACCGAGGUGUCGCCGGAAACGGUGAAGCACUGCGAGGCGUACGUCUUGUUCUACAAAAAAUGGUCGCCGGAAAUAUUGCAGUUGCGCGACAAAACUAUGGAGCUGAUGGAGAUAUCGUCCCGCGAGGUGUCCGAUCUGAACUUUUUCGUGUCCCGGCAGUGGAUCAAUCGCUUCAACACGUUCUCCGAGCCUGGUCCGAUCGAUAACUCCGACUUCCUAUGUCCUCACGGAGGUGUAAUCCCUGUUAGGGCGCAAUUCGUCGACAAGAUCAGCAUGCCCAUACCGCAAGCGGUUUGGGAAUACUUGUAUAAUGCAUUUGGAGGAGGCCCAGCCUGCACGCAUCUGUACGAGUGUCCGACCUGCGAAGAGAAGUACGAAUCCUUGCAGAAACGUAGACAGUACGAGAUGGAACUGUUCCAACGAUUGAAUACUGACAAUCCCACGGCCAUUUAUGCAUUGGCCAUGGCAUGGCUGAGACAGUGGCAGAGCUUCGUCCGAGGCAAGGAGACGCAGCCACCUGGACCAAUCGAUAAUAAUUCCAUCGUUGUAAAUAAAAAUGGGCAAAAUAGUCUUAAAGUUGGCUCGGAUUACGGUCAGAUCCCCGAAGAGUUGUGGCAAUUCUUCCUGACUACGUACGGCGGUGGACCAGAGCUAAUGCUGCACUCGUGUCAACGACCGGUGCCCGCUCAGCCUAACGUUUCUAUACAUUCCGCGUCGAAUCCAAAUUUGAUAGAUCCGAAUCUUAAAUGCAAUCGCGUAGAAGCUAAAGCCAACAAACUUUGUACGACCAGGAGCUCGGAGACGAUUUCGCAACAGGACAGCGCGAUCGAGAGCCUAAUUUCGAGCAGCGACUCCCAUCAGACGCAGAGGGACGUGAGCGAGUCCAUUGUUCUGACGCUGUAAAGUCGCGAUUCAGCGAUGCUCGUUCAGCGGCGUGGAAUUUCACCGUACAAUUUCAUCGAUGGGAAUAUUGUAUAUGAUGGGUCAACGUAGUUAUAGUACAAAAUAAUUUUUGCUAUACAUAGAUGACUGUAUUAUUUAAAUACAAAUCUUAGCUCGUACCUUUUCUUUCGCCCAAAGUCUAGGCCGUAACAUC